AAAAGUAGUGGUUGGGGAGAAAGGGGAGCGCAGCUUUCAGCAUUAGGGCAACGAAAAAAAUUCUUUCAGUCAUUUGGUUGAACAGUUUGAUGAUGAAAUAUAGACUUGUAAUUUCCUUGUUCCUUCGUGGUCAUCUCACUCCCAAUUUGCCAUCUUUUCUUCUUCGAUCCACCAGUGGUGUUUUCGUUCCCCAUGCUAGUUUCCUACAUGGUGCUCUCUCAAGGUCUACUUCUGGAAUCAGGUUCUCUACUUUUACUUCCUCAAGCAAUUCACAUGAUGGCAGUGAUUAUGAACAUGAAGAUACUACUGAUACUGACCCUUCACUAGAUUAUAACGAACUAUAUUCUGAUUUUUCCAAAGAAGAUGUUGAAACAAUUGAAGCCAUUUUCAAACAACCCGGAACCCAUGUGCAUAACAAACUUGAGCAAUGUGGUGUAAGGCCCACACGCAAUCUAGUUACUGUCAUUCUUUCUCGUGCACGAAAUAAUUGGGAAGUUGCAUUCACUUUCUUCAUAUGGGCCAGUAAACAAACAGGUUAUGUGCACUCUGUGCGUCAAUACCAUUCUAUGAUAUCUAUACUUGGAAAAAUGAGGAAGUUUGACACUGCAUGGUCACUCAUUGAGGAAAUGAGAGGUGGUAAAGAUAGACCAUCUCUUGUGAAUCCUCAGACACUCUUGAUCAUGAUAAGGAAAUACUGUGCUGUACAUGACGUCGGAAAAUCUAUCAGUACUUUUUAUGCAUUUAAACGGUUUAAUUUAGAUAUUGGAAUGGAAGAAUUUCAAGACCUUUUGUCUGCCCUUGCUCGCUACAAAAAUGUAAAAGAUGCCGAGCACUUGCUUUUUUGCAAUAAGAAUGUUUUCCCGUUGAAUACCAAGAGUUUGAAUAUCAUUCUCAAUGGAUGGUGUCUUGCCCUUGAUGAUUUAAGUGAGGGAAAGAGGAUUUGGAGGUUGAUGAAGGAAAAAAGGAUUCCUCGUGAUAUUUUUUCGUAUUGUAGUAUCAUGUCUUGCUAUUCGAGGGCUGGUAGACUCAAUGUUGUGCUUAAGCUUUUCGAUGAGAUGAAAUUGUGUGGGGUUGCACCUGAUGUUAAGGUUUAUAAUGCUGUCAUUCAUGCUCUUGCAAAAGGCAGGUUGGUUAAACAAGCUAGGAGUGUGAUGAAGAUGAUGGAAGAGAAUGAUCUCGCUCCAAACGCUGUUACUUAUAACUCAUUAAUCAUGCCUCUCUGCAAAGCUCAAUUACUAGAUGAAGCUCAAGAGAUCUUCAAUGAAAUGAUUCAACGAGGCAUACAUCCUACUGUCCGAACUUACCAUGCAUUGCUUCGUAGCCUGAGGACAGGGGAAGAGGUGUUCGAGCACUUGCAGAAGAUGAACACGAUGGGAUGUAUUCCAACUCAUGACACUUAUAUAAUGUUAAUCCGGAAGUUUUGCCGAUGGUGCCAACUUGAUAAUGUUUUCAUGUUGUGGGAUAAGAUGAGCAAGAUCGGCUUGGACCAUGAUCGAAGUUCAUAUAUAGUGCUGAUACAUGGACUCUUUUUGAAUGGGAAGCUGGAGCAGUCGUACAAAUACUAUCAAGAAAUGAAGCAAAAAGGUUUACUGCCGGAGCCCAAGAUAGAUGAAAUGCUUCAAGCUUGGGUGGCUGGCAGGAGAGAUUCUCAAGAGAAUAAAGUAACAUGUCAUCAGGAGAACAAAAAGGUGGUCAAAUUUGAAAAAGCUGAUAAAGAAAGGGAUUUCCAUAAAAAACCUGAAAUGAGAAAAGUUAUGAGAGAGCGUGGCUUUUCUUUCUGGGAUCAAUAGAUUGAAUGUUGAUUAUAAAAUUACGGUUGGGAAUCUGGCUCGGGUCACUGUACAUACAGGUCUCGGGGUUCUCAUGAGUUAAAGUGAAGAGGAGAUGCAGUGAAUGACUUGUCUAUAGAGGUACUAAGAGUAAUAACUUUCUUGCAUUACAUGGUGGGGUUUGUGUUUUUUCCUGUAACUAGUGCAAGAAAAUUUAUUUUGGUUGAUAAGCCAAUAUGGUGAGUAACUGUUUGCUUAGAUUGGGCAAUGCGUUUAAGCUGGGACUCCAGAAUCCAUUUUGGGGGCAGAAAGCAGGCUUGGAGAUUAUGUAGAAAUUUCGGUUGCCCAACAGAGAAUGUGGUUUCGCAAUUCGAAAUUCUUCUAUUCUGUGGCAUCUGCAGGAUGAACUGACUUGCAUGUGCUUGAAGCGCCUGCAACUUUAGCAGCAGCAAAGGCAAAUUUGUUUGUAAUAGACCAGAGAAAGAACUUUUCAAUAGUUGGUGCCCUUUCUCGUGCAUUUGCUAUACCAUCAUUAUCAGGGCCUGCAUUUUAGGUCUGCGGCGCGGCUAUCUCAUUGAUCUGCUGAUAUCUGAGCCUAAUCAAGGUUCAUUAGACAUUGAUUGUCAGAAAGCAGUUACAGCUAUUUGCAGUUCAAUAAUUUUUCUAUGUUCCUCAAGUAUAAUGACCUCAAGGCAUCACACAUCUGCUGGCACUGCCCCUCAUCUGUCCUUUGUUAAAUCUAUCUGUGAGGUACAGCUUGGAAUUUCAGCAGAUACUUCUGAAGAGUAUGUUUCCUGAACUUUGAUGUUCUUAUUAACUAAAUCAAGUUACAAUUGCUGCAGCAUUAUCUUGUAUAAAUGACACGUAAUUGGUUUAGUGUUAUUGAAUUUCUCUGAUUUAUAAAAGAAUAACAAAUAUCAAGUUUUUGUACAAAAAUUUGCAGCCUCUAAUUUAGAGGAGAAGGGUAGUGAAGAGGGCCCCUUCUCAAACCCUGUGCUGCUGGCCUUCGGAAAUUUUGCAGUUAUCAAAAACAAGUUCGCACUAGCUGCUGUCAUAUAAAUCACUACAUAUAAUGUGCUGAAUUUCUGAAGUUGAUGAUCCCUCUCUUGCUGUAUUUUAAAAGUGCCUAGCUAAUGUAGGGGGGGAAUGAAAUUUGCUAUUAGUUGGAGAUUUCCAUUAAGGCCUAAUUUGCAUGUGUAGAACUGAAUUGAUGAUUCCAUGGUUUCAUUUAUCACUUUUCUGAUCACUGGAAAAUUAUUUAGUGUAAUAGCUAGGUAUUUUCUAAAAGUGAUUGACAGCUCAACUCAUUAUGUAGCUCACUUUUGGUAUUGUUAUCUUUCUGUUACUAGUAGUCUUGUGAUUUGUGAGUAUUCUCAACUUCCCCCUGCAGUCAUGGCAAAAUAGCCUUCACUUUUCUGUUUCUAAGGUCAAGUGUUCAAUUACAGUGUCAUGUUUUUUCUGCUGGUCAGGCCCCCCUGAGGAACACAGGCUUACUUGCUUGCAUACACCCUCCGUUGCAUUUGAUUGACAGGAAAGCUAGGAGGAUAAGUGAUUUUUAAUUUAUUGGCUCUUCGUGCUUUUCAAUCAAGUGACUAACAGGAAAGUUCUAGACUGCAUUUGGUAUCUUUCCCACAGAAAAGGUCUCCCAGAAAGUAAACUUUCAAAACUAAGGAGGAGAAAGAGAAAAAUUGUAGACUAACUACUCACUGUAUUUGUAUUUAAUUAUGUGAUUUUUAAUUUAUUGGCUCUUCGUGUUUUUAAUUAA